AUGAACUUCCUGCUCCUGCUGUUUUUGGUCUUCUUCGCGCCAUUGCUGCUUUUUGCUGUAUGGCUCGCGGCUUCUUCAUGUCUAGGAAAUCGUCUUCGCACUCGAGGCGGUGGGUUUUCGGUGCGACCGAACCUUGAUACAUAUGGGCAGAGCUAUCUUCGAACCAUGGCCAACUCCGGAGCAGCCAUGUCAGAGCAGAUCGAACUCGACGAUAUGCUAGCAGAACCGGGAACUCGCCGUCACUUUGAUGAGGAUGAGGAUUGA